AUGAGUUCUUAUUAUGUGGAUGGUCUUCUUAGCAAAUCUACGACGGGCAGUUCCCUGCUCCCAAACGUGGAACGAGCUUCUUGCGGCAUCGGACCCCGUGGGGACGACCAUAGCUCUACUCGGACUGCUGCGGCCAUUGCAUUUGCGCCAUCCCUCUCUGGAGUUUACAGCGUUAAUAAUACAGUGUACCAGAGCCAUACUGUGUUUACCUGCGGCUAUGGCCAGGGGCAGGACGCACACACGUCACACUGCAGCCCGUUUGACCAGAGCCGCCUGUUCAGCGACAGCUGCUGUCACCAUGGAACCGAACCCCUCACCUCGUCGCCGGACAAACAACACCGGAUGUACCCCUGGAUGCGAGCAUCAGAUCCAAAUCGAAAGCGAGGACGGCAGACCUACUCCCGGCACCAGACGCUAGAGCUGGAAAAGGAGUUCCACUUUAAUCGCUACCUGACCCGCAGACGCAGGAUCGAGAUAGCCCAUGCCCUCUGCCUCUCAGAGAGACAGAUCAAAAUCUGGUUUCAGAACCGCAGGAUGAAGUGGAAGAAGGACCACAAGGACGAGCCGAGCAACGAGGAACAGCACCGUGAUAUUCAGGCACCGUCGGAAGGCAGGGAACCCAAAAGUGAAGAGACCCGAAGCGGCCGUGUUGACUCAGGAACAACUGCAAAGUAA